AUGGGUCUCCAUCUCCUCUCCUCCUUCCUCUUGGCCCUCCUUCUCGGAAGCUCGGCGGCGCAGCAGGCCAACACCGAUGGCUUCUUCGUCAGAGACUUCCUGCAAAAGAUGGGCGGCGAUGUGCCGCCGGCUGCCGGCGAAGGAGGUGACAGCCCGCCGUCGGUCUGCUCCUGGAGAGGCGUCUUCUGCGACACCAGCGGGAAGCGGGUUCUCAAGCUUUCCGCCUCCGCCGCCGGCCUCUCCGGCGAGAUCCCGGAGAACACCCUCGGGAAGCUGGCGACGCUCCGGCACCUGGAUCUGAGCAGGAACAACAUCACGGGAUUCUCGUCGGACUUCUGGGGCCUGGGGAGCUCCCUCCGUAGCCUCAACCUCUCCGGGAACCAGAUCAGUGGGCGGCUGCCCAACAAUGUCGGCAACUUCGGGUUGCUGGAGAUGCUCGACCUCUCCCACAACGCCUUCUCCGGCGAGAUCCCGACCACGGUGGGGUCUCUCGCCGCCUUGAGAAUCCUCAAUCUCACGGGGAACAAGCUCGAAGGGGUGAUCCCCGAUGGGUUCCUCGGUUGCAGGUCUCUGGUCGUCGUCGACCUCUCGUCAAACCAGCUCACCGGAAGGAUACCGGAGGAGCUCGGCUCUGCGCUCAGGAACCUCACCGUGCUGAACCUCGCCGGGAACCGGAUCUCCGGCAGGCUGGCGAACUUCUCCGGGAUGGCCUCCUUCGUCUCCCUCAACCUCUCUGGGAACCAGCUACAAGGGUCCGUCCAGGGGGUGUUCCAGGCCCCUCUGCGGGUCAUCGAUCUGAGCAGAAACCAGUUCCAGGGCCACGUCUCUCCGGUAAGCUCCGAUUCGAGCUUCAACUGGUCCAGAUUGGAGCACCUCGAUCUGUCGGAGAACCAUCUGAGCGGGGAGCUCUUCCCCGACCUGAACGAAGGCCUCUCUCUCAGGCACCUCGCCAUGGCCAGGAACAGGUUUUCGCAGCAGAGAUUCCCGAGCCUGGAGAAGCUCUCUCGUCUGCAAUUCCUCAACCUCUCGGCGACGGGGCUCGCCGGCGGCAUCCAUGCGGGCAUCUCUCGGCUCUCCGGCCUGGUCGUCCUCGACCUGUCGCGGAAUCACCUCACGGGCCGAAUCCCCGAUCUGGGCACCGGAGAUCUCGCCGUCGUGGAUCUCUCCUUCAAUAAUCUCACCGGCGAGCUCCCGCCGGCGCUGUUGCAGAAGCUGCCGGAGUUGCAGAGGUUCAACUUCUCCUUCAACAACCUCACGCUCUGCUCAGCAGAGCUCUCUCUAGAGAGCUACCGGUCCUCGUUUCUCGGGUCUCAGAACGACUGCCCCAUCGCCGCCAACCCGGAGCUCCUCCAGAGGAGGGAGAAGACCCGCCGGUGGGGGCUCAAGGUCAAGCUCGCCGUCGCCGUCGCCGUCGUCAUGGCCGUGGUCUUCCUCUUAACGGGCCUGGUCUGCCUCGCCGUGGGUUGUCGGAGGACUCGCCGGUGGGCGGCGAAGCAGCUCUCCGUCAGAGAAGAGCCCACAACCGUCUCGGGGCCCUUCUCCUUCCAGACGGACUCCACCACCUGGGUCGCCGACGUCGGCGCCGCCGCCGCCGUCCCCGUCGUCAUCUUCGAGAAGCCAUUGCUGAGCUUCACCUUCGCGGACCUCCUCUCUGCAACUUCCCACUUCGACCGGGGAACUCUGCUCGCCGAGGGAAGAUUCGGCCCCGUCUACCAUGGCUUCCUCCCCGGCGGCCUCCACGUCGCCGUGAAGGUUCUGGUUCGAAGCUCCUCGUCCUCGCCGGAAGAGGAUUCUGGCGCCGCCGCCAGGGAGCUCGAUCGGCUGGGCAGGAUCAGGCAUCCAAACCUCGUCCCCCUCACUGGUUACUGCCUCGCCGGCGACCAGAGGAUCGCCAUCUACGAGUACAUGGAGAAUGGGAACUUGCAGAACCUCCUCCAUGACCUUCCGCUGGGAGUUCAUGCGACGGAGGACUGGAGCAACGACACGUGGGAGGAGGAGGAGAAGAAGGACGGCGCACAGAGCAUCACCUCCGAGGGGCAGGCGACCUGGAGAUUCCGCCAUAGAAUCGCCCUCGGAGCUGCUCGAGCUCUGGCCUUCCUCCACCAUGGCUGCAUCCCUCAGAUCGUCCACAUGGACGUGAAGGCCAGCAGCAUCUUCCUGGACUCGUCCUUCGAGCCCCGGUUAUCGGAUUUUGGGCUGGCCAAGCUCGCCGGCGGCGACUUGGCGGCGGAGAUUGCGCGGGGCUCGCCGGGGUACGCGCCGCCGGAGCUCGCCGGCGGCGGCGCCGCCACGGCGAAGUCCGACGUUUACGGGUUCGGGGUGGUGCUCUUCGAGCUGGUCACCGGGAAGAAGCCGCUUGGGGACGACUACGAGGAGGGAGAGACCAGCCUGGUGAGCUGGGUCCGUGGGCUGGUCAAGAGGAACGAAGUCGCCGCCGCCGUUGACCCCAAGGUGAGUGAGACUGGUUCGGAGAAGCAGAUGGAGGAGGCCCUACGAAUCGGGUACCUCUGCACAGCUGACUCCCCGGCUAAGCGGCCGUCCAUGCAGCAGAUCGUCGGCCUCCUCAAGGACAUCGAGCCCAUCGUUGACCAGUGA